UUGAGGAAUUCGAAAUCAUGGCGUCACUCCAUUCCCGCAAAAAUGGCGGUUCUAAUUUGAGAGAUUCAAUGUCGAAGAAACAAAAUAAUGGAGUUGAAGAAACCCUAGACCGUUUGAGUCAGUUGCCGGACGCACUUUUGGUACAAAUCCUCUCUCUUUUGCCGACCAAAGAUGCCGUCGCAUCCUGUGUUCUCUCAAAUCGGUGGCGUUUCCUUUGGUAUUCAAUUUAUAACUUCCAUUUCAUUAACAGUAAUUACAAGACAGAAAACUUCAUAUACUUUGUUGACCACGUUUUAACUCAUUGUACUAGUUCCAAAAUCAAAAAAUUCAAACUCGAUUUUGAUUACAUGUCUAGAUGGAACUUUGAGUUGGAAACCAGCCGAUGGAUUAAUUUUGCUGUUGAAAGAAAAGUGGAAGAUAUUAUAUUAUGUUCAGAUGAUGAAGAACUAACUUAUAAAUUGCCUUUAUCUAUUGGCAAUUGUUCAUCAUUAAUUACAUUGAAUUUGAGCCACUGGGUGUUUGAUAAAGGACUGGCCAUAGUUUGGAACUCUCUAAAGAGCCUAAAUCUGUACCUAAUAAGUUUAGAUGACGACGAUAUUGUGAACUUACUAUCAGGUUGUCCUGCUUUGGAAACUCUGGAGCUGUCAUUCUUCCGGGGUUUUAGUCGUCUUGAAAUUAAGUCCUCGAAUUUGAAGAGACUAACAUUGGCAAGCCAUUGGCGGCCUGAUGCCGAAAAUGAUGGUUCUUUGGAAAUUAUUGCCCCCUAUCUUCAACAUUUAGAGAUUUCAGGAAAUCUUUAUAAUCUCAUGUGUAGGCUUGUAGAUGUGUCUUCCUUAGUUAAUGCGAAGCUUACUUUCAACAAUAAAUGUAUCAAAGGAAUCGGGGCUUUAGGUACAGGUGGUUUUGAUGAUGAGGAAGAAAAUUGUGAUUAUUCUCAUCAAGUUUUGAGGACACUCGUGCAAGAUUAUCUUCAUAAGUUGAGUUAUGCAACCGAGCUAUCAAUUGGAAAUUGCUUCAGAGAGGUCCUGUGUGCCUUGAAGUUUGAAGGGGUGCCAUGGGUGCUGAUUCCAGACCUGAAAUGCAAAUAUCUUACACUAGAGUUGUAUAUAGGAAAGUUUAAUUUGCAUGGAGUAGCUGGACUUUUGCGAGCGUCACCUCAUGCGGACACACUCAACAUAGACAUCGCCAUUAUGCCUUAUGAUAGUUCCUGCCGCUGCUUUGAGUCAAAAUAUUCGGCCAAAGGAGAUAAUAAUGAUAUGGAGAGUUGGAUUUCAAGCUAUCAGUUUCCCAACCUCAAGAAUGUUAGGAUUGGCAUCUCCGUUGGGGAGUGCUUGAAGUACAGUUUCCAAUGGCAAUUAAGAAAGCUUUUCAAACUUUCAGAAUUCCUGUUGAAGAGUUCAACGAUUUUGGAGAAGUUCACUAUCACAUCAGAGAAAAGAAAGUGCAAGAGAUGUUCAAUGAACUGUGAGUCCCGACUUUUAUCUCAAUUGGCUGAGAAAUUGUUAGGUUGUGCAAGAUCCUAUGCCAAUCCUGUAAUUAUCUUCCAGGAGUGAGUUUUCCAUGACUAGACUGCAAGUAGUUUUCUGUCUCAGGAUACGAGAAAUUUCGCCUUAAUUGAGUUUUAUGAUAAACUGCUUAUGCAAUCAUGAACCUUUAGCUUCUCUGCGGGACAAGUUUCUACUCUGUUGAACUUACCCUUAUGGCAUACUUAAUGUUAUAGUAAGCUUGGUUUUCUCAUGAA